UUUCAAUAAUAUCUGCCAGCCUCGAGAUCCACGAUCUGUCUGGAUGGUUUGGGAGAACGUUGCCAUCAGUCACAGAAGAAUAGAUUGAGACAGGUUAUGAAGACAGCAUGGAGUUUCCUGACCACAGUAGACAUUUGCUACAGUGUCUGAGUGAGCAGAGACAUCAGGGUUUUCUUUGUGAUUGCACUGUUCUGGUAGGAGAUGCCCAGUUCCGAGCGCACAGAGCUGUACUGGCUUCAUGCAGCAUGUAUUUCCACCUCUUUUACAAGGACCAGCUGGACAAAAGAGACAUUGUUCAUCUGAACAGCGACAUUGUUACAGCCCCAGCUUUCGCUCUCCUGCUUGAAUUCAUGUACGAAGGAAAACUCCAGUUCAAAGACUUGCCCAUUGAAGACGUGCUAGCAGCUGCCAGUUAUCUCCACAUGUAUGACAUUGUCAAAGUCUGCAAAAAGAAGCUGAAAGAGAAAGCAACCACGGAGGCAGACAGUACAAAAAAGGAGGAAGACGCCUCAAGUUGUUCAGACAAAGUGGAGAGCCUCUCCGACGGCAGCAGCCACAUGCCAGGAGACUUGCCCAGCGAUGAAGAUGAAGGAGAAGAUGAAAAAUUGAACAUCCUGCCUAGCAAAAGGGACUUGGCGGCUGAGCCUGGGAACAUGUGGAUGAGAUUGCCCUCAGACUCAGCAGGCAUUCCCCAGACUGGCGGAGAGGCAGAGACACACGCAACGGCAGCUGGAAAAACAGUAGCCAGCCCCUGCAGCUCAACAGAGUCUUUGUCCCAGAGGUCUGUCACCUCCGUGAGGGAUUCAGCAGAUGUUGACUGCGUGCUGGACCUGUCUGUCAAGUCCAGCCUUUCAGGAGUUGAAAAUCUGAACAGUUCUUAUUUCUCUUCGCAGGACAUGCUUAGAAGCAGCCUGGUUCAGGUGAAGGUGGAGAAAGAGGCUUCCUGUGAUGAGAGUGAUGUUGGCACUAAUGACUAUGAUAUGGAACAUAGCACUGUGAAAGAAAGUGUGAGCACUAAUAACAGGGUACAGUACGAGCCGACCCAUCUGGCUCCAAUGAGGGAAGAUUCGGUCUUGAGGGAGCUAGAUAGAGAGGACAAGGCAAGUGAUGAUGAAAUGAUAACUCCAGAGAAUGAGCGAGUCCAGGUGGAAGGAAACAUGGACAGCAGCUUGCUCCCUUAUGUGUCAAACAUACUUAGCCCCGCUGGCCAAAUUUUUAUGUGUCCUCUCUGCAACAAGGUCUUUCCCAGUCCCCACAUCCUGCAGAUCCAUUUAAGCACGCACUUUCGAGAGCAGGACGGGAUCCGCAGCAAGCCUGCUACUGAUGUCAAUGUCCCCACCUGCUCGCUGUGUGGUAAGACUUUUUCUUGCAUGUACACCUUGAAACGUCAUGAGAGGACUCAUUCAGGUGAAAAGCCCUACACUUGCACCCAGUGUGGGAAGAGCUUCCAGUACUCCCACAACCUGAGCCGCCACGCAGUGGUUCACACACGGGAGAAGCCACAUGCUUGUAAGUGGUGUGAACGCAGGUUCACGCAGUCCGGAGACCUUUACAGACACAUUCGGAAGUUUCACUGUGAGUUGGUGAACUCAUUGUCUGUCAAAAGCGAAGCACUGAGCUUACCUACUGUCAGAGACUGGACCUUAGAAGAUAGCUCACAAGAACUUUGGAAAUAAAAUUUUUAUAUAUAUAAAUAAUAUAUAUAUAAAUCUAUAUAGUUGUGGUACAGUCUAAAAGCAAUCUUGUUUCCUUGAACUGAAAGUUUGGCUAUUAGCUUGUUUUUGCACUUUAAGGCAGCAUGAAUAUUUCACUAAUUUAGCACUCUGAUAAAACCGAACUUUAGAGGUAACAUGACAAAAUAAUAAACAACGGAGCGUAUUUUUCCCCCUUUUUGGAAUAGAAGCCAGUGGAUACUUUAGUUUUAAAGAAUCUCCAAUUCCAAAAUGUUGGCUUGGCUUUGUUCUCCCCAAAACACUGCGUUAUUUUGAGCUCUAGAUACUUUUCCUUUCAAAAUCUGAAUGUAGAAAUCCUCUCCCAAUUAUAUCAGUUCCUUUACAUUUCUCUAAUUGCAUGAGUCCUUUCUAGCUGUUGGAAACCUGAAUGCUUUUAGACCCAAAUGGAAAAUUUCUGAAAUGCUGGAUUAUCUAUUUUUAAACAAGCGGUUGACUUAAAACUUAUUACGGCAACUUCUGGAUUUCUGACAGUUCCCACUGGAAAAUAAACAAAAACACAAAACAAAAACCCUGAGAGUACACUGGGAUCACUGGGACUCUGUCUUAUGUGAAGGUUUGCUUGGGAUGAAAAAGGAUAUUGCAGCUUCAGCAGUGAUGAACUGUGUGUUUAAAAAAUGUGAAUUACUGUUAUUGUAUACUGUAAUUGAUUACAUGGGCCGGGGGGAGGUAUCAAAGAACUUGGCAGGUUGUGUUGAUGCUCUUAGUUGAGUCUUGAAAAGUAAAUAUUAACGCUACAGAAAUGCAUGAGUUUCAGUAUAUUUUUGUCUUUGUUUGCAUUGUAUAACUUUAAUGAGUGAGUUUAAAAUUAUUUAAUUUCCUUAGGAAAAGGCACCGUUGAAAAUGCCGGUGUUAUGAAGAACAUAAAUGCACUGUUUUUAUUUUAUAUAAUUUAAAUUUUCUUUCCCACUGUCUUUCAGUUGAGACAAACUUAAGCUACGAGUUGACAAUUUAGCUACAUAACAAGGAAAAUAUGAAUGUUUACAAACAGGCUUAAAGAUUUGCAUGUGCAGUGUGCAUUCAUUAAAAGAAAACCUUCUAAUUGCACAAACCCCACGCCAGCUCAAACUUUAGGUGCAUACAUUUACCCAGAUGAGCAUUUUUAGGAUUCCUGCUGCACACAUCCACAAUAGGUCAUUCUUUUUCCCCCCUUGAAAAGGGUCUGUGGACUGAAAAAGCCCCGGGCUGAAAGGACUGGAAAGCCCUGAUUGACGGGGGGGGCCGGGGGGAGGGUAGAGGGCUCUGUGUAUCCAAGCAGCAGAGACUGCAGCCUGACGUGUGGUUUUAAUGACCAACACGCAGGUCAAAAGCAUUUUGCACAGUGUUUGUUUUCCUGUCUUGCACUUACAAAUAAGGUCUAUGGGAGUAGCAUGGAAAACGUUUGCUGUUUUUCCUUUUUUUUUCCGCUUUUGUUUAAAAUUUGAUCGCCUUAACUACUGUAAACAUAGCCUAUUUUUGUGCUUAAGAUACUGAAUGGAAAACUCCAUUGUGUAUUGCUGGACUGUUUUGGAAAUAUUUGGUCAAAUGUGUGUUAAUUUGGCUGUAAUGGCAUUUAAAACAAAAAAAAAAAGCUGUGAAAAUGGCCUUGGAGCGUUAUCUUUAGUUACUUGAAUAGUUUCUAGGUUUAAAAAUACAUUCUUUUAUUAAUUUAGAGAAGACAAUCAGUGUCUGAGAAAAAUGGACUUUCUCUUGGAUUUUUUUGUGGUCCUUGUGAGUGAUUGCUUUUUUCCUUUUAUUAGUUUCACAUUCUUCUUUUGUUCUAAAACUUAGACUGACAUCUAGCUUUGACAAUCAUAGUAUGUUUUAUUUUCCUGAGGGGGGGGAAUAACUUAUAAUGCUGUUUAGUUUUGUACUAUUGGUGUGUUGGUGAAUUUUUAAACUGUGUGCUAACUGCAAUAAAUUAUAUGAACUGAGAAAUCAAUUCCCUUGUCUUUUUUCCCUCUUUUAAAUUAUAGUUACGGAGUAUUUUUUAUAAUGUGUAACUUUAUUACUUUUGUACAGACUUCUAUUGCUAACUGUGUAUGGAAUAUGUUUUCAGUAUGCUUUUGAGCACUUUGUUGCUAACGUACAUAUUUACAUCUCACUUAACAUUUAAAAAAAAAAUUAAAUGCUUGUGUUUUGAAAGCA